AUGCAGAGGGUUAGGGUUUCAUCCCAGAGAGCAGCUGUACACAAGCUUGGUGAUUCCCAGAUGACAUUAUCUCCCAAAUUCAGAGUAGCCGCAUCGAUUCAAUCUCCGCUGUUUGAUAGAUCAUCGGAAUUAGAACUGUCUCUUAGAGGAGAACCUUUGAUCCCCGGUUUACCAGACGACGUUGCCCUUAGCUGCCUUUUACGGGUUCCAGUGCAAAGCCAUGUAUCGAGCAGAUCCGUGUGCAAGAGAUGGCAUCUCUUGUUCGGUACCAAAGAGACGUUUUUCGCGAGGCGUAAGGAGCUCGGUUUCAAAGAACCGUGGCUGUUCGUGGUCGGGUUCAGUAGAUGCACAGGGAAGAUCCAAUGGCAGGUUUUGGAUUUGAGGAAUCUCACUUGGCACGAAAUCCCGGCGAUGCCCUGUAGAGACAGAGUCUGUCCUCACGGAUUCAGAUCGGUCUCGAUGCCUCGUGAAGGCACAAUGUUCGUAUGCGGAGGCAUGGUUUCUGAUUCUGAUUGUCCUCUUGACUUGGUGUUGAAGUACGAUAUGGUGAGGAAUCACUGGACUGUCGCGAGCAAAAUGCUAACGGCGAGGUCGUUUUUCGGCAGCGGUGUGAUCGACGGGAUGAUCUACGCGGCUGGAGGGAACUCGGCGGAUUUAUUCGAGCUCGAUUCCACGGAGGUUUUAAGCCCUUCCGACGGGAAAUGGCGUCCGGUUUCGAGGAUGGUGACGCGAAUGGCGGCUUACGACACCGCGGUUUUGAACGGGAAGCUUCUGGUGACGGAAGGAUGGUUAUGGCCGUUCUUCGUGUCACCGCGAGGUCAAGUUUACGACCCGAGGAAUGAUCAAUGGGAGACGAUGGCGAUGGGGCUAAGAGAAGGAUGGACCGGUACGAGCGUUGUGAUUUAUGAUCGGUUGUUUAUAGUUUCGGAGCUAGAGAGGAUGAAGAUGAAGGUUUAUGAUUCGGUUUCGGAUUCUUGGGAGACGGUUAACGGACCGGAGUUGCCUGAGAAGAUUUGUAAACCGUUUGCGGUUAACUGUUGCGGGAACAGAGUAUAUGUGGUUGGUCGGAAUCUUCAUCUCGCGGUUGGGAAUAUUUUGAGGUCGGAGAAUAAUAAGUUUGGCGUGAGGUGGGAGGUGGUUGAGUCGCCGGAGCGUUAUGCGGAUUUGACUCCGUCCAAUUCUCAGGUUCUCUUUGCUUAA